AUGAACCUCUUCCGCGUUCGGUUGAACUGCAUAGACCACUACCAGGCGACGCCGACGCAUUACGAUCCCCAAUUACGGAAUGAUGUCGGCCCUGCGCAGGCGAAGAAAGGCCCCAAGGUUCCAGUUGUGAGGAUUUUCGGUUCGACAGAAACGGGACAGAAAGUCUGCGCUCACAUACACGGCGCUUUCCCAUACGUCUACGUCGAGUAUCGUGGCAGCUUAGAGCCCGAAGAUGUGGGCGCGUACAUCUAUCGACUUCAUCUCUCCAUUGAUCAUGCCUUAGCUGUCAGUUACCGACGUGAUCAAUUCGGAGAAAAUGCAAAGUUCGUCGCCCGCAUCACCCUCGUCAAAGGGGUGCCAUUCUAUGGCUUCCACGUUGGAUACCGCUUCUUUCUGAAGAUCUACAUGUUCAACCCCAUCGUCAUGACAAGAUUAUCCGACUUGCUCCAACAGGGAGUCAUUCUCAAGCAAAAGUUCCAACCUUACGAAGCUCAUCUCCAGUACUUACUACAGUUCAUGACCGACUAUAAUCUGUACGGGUGUGGCUACUUGGAUGUCUCUGAUGUAUACUUCAGAGGCCCGAUCCCUUCGUUUGACCAAGAGGGGAACUCUCAACACAUCUGGCAUGACCGGACGAUUCCUAAGACUCGAGUCCUCGACGACCUGACUCUGCCGAGGGUCAGCCACUGCUCCAUUGAGGUAGACAUUUGCGUUCAACACAUUAUUAACCGGCGAAUGGUGAAGGAGCGCCGGCUCCAUCACGACUUUGUUGAGCAUGUUAAACCUCUCCCAGCAGAUGUCAAGCUUGUUUACAGUAUGGCUGGUCUAUGGAAAGACGAGACGCGUCGCCGCAAAAUGAAAAUGCCCAAUGCGGACCCAGGUAGCAGCCCUUUCCCGGCAGAAGUUUUGGUCUCAAUGUCUGCGGAUAAACGCGACUCGCAACCGCAAGGAUGGAUCCACGAGGAGGAGUACAAAGAAGAAGUCGCAAAACUCAUCGAAACCGAAAAGGGGUUGGAGGACUCCGCGCCGCCAAGCUUCGAAACUUUUGUGGAGCAUUCGCCGCUUGAGGCUGCCGUGAAGACCGCGCUUCAGUCAGUAGAAGAUUUGUAUCCCGCCAACCUGUUACCGGCUCUUGGACUGCCGUCAAACCAUGCUCCGGCAAACAAGAACCCAGCCAGCAGCAUCGAAGUUGACGAACAGGGUGUACUCGAUCUCGGUGUUGACGAUUAUGACCCUUAUCCAGCCGACUCUGACGAAGAAGCUCUCAUUCAGAUGGGCGAGCCGAAGGCGAGGCAGGAUGAUCAGAUCAAUGGCACUGGUAUUGAUGGAAGGCCAUUAGUCACUAGUGGUACCGGAUCCAAAAGAGAAACCGUCGCUGGCAAUCUGACAGUCAAGAAGACCGUCAACGGGCUGGGAUCUAUAUACGAAGGCGUAUGUGUCAGUAGGUUGAAGACCGGCAACCCACCAAUGGUACCGGUUUGGGACGAUCUGCUCGAUAUGGCCGAAGAGGAAGGGCUUGUGUCCAAACUCAGCGACCCAUCAAGCUUAGGUCACCGCCGUACGGAAUCGGCCAAACGAUCAAUAUCUCCUUUAGCACCGGAGGAGACACGUACCAAGCCCAGUCCGGUCACUCCAGCAAAGAAGGUCCGAAUCGCUACUCCUACAAUUGAUUCACCAGAGACCGAAGCAGGAACAGAAACAAUUCUCCAUCGGAUACAGACAGCGAUCGGAUCCUUUUCCGCAAAGCGCCAGUGUGUGAUCGGCUUCCUGCCUCCCGCUUCAAAGCUUGUCACGUCGACAAUGAAGGACUUACAAAUUCCUGAUAUGAUUUACCAAGACGCCUACUAUAGCGAAGAGAGGGAUGUUCCGGCUCGUCCUAGGGAGUAUGCCGGUCGGGAAUUUCGGCUCGAGAGUAAUACUCUACCGUAUCUGGCAGAGUUUGAUCCAACUGGAACAUCUGCCGCCAGUGUGGGCGUCAAAACAGACACACCCAUUGACAAGGCCAAGAACGACAAAGCGCAAAAGAGCGUUACUGCAAAGCUCACAGGCACCCCUCAAGCUACAAGGCGCGACCUCUCCCAGAUUGACGGACCUACCCCGAAGAACAAGCAUGGCUUCAAAUACUCGCCCAAGAAAAAGUCGACCAGUGUUAAGCAUGAAGCGCAAUACAUGAGCACUAUGGCCCUCGAGGUUCACGUCAACACGAGGGGCAAAUUUGUUCCUAAUCCUGACGAGGAUGAGGUCCAGUGCAUAUUCUGGUCUAUCAAAGCAGAUGGCACUGCCAGCAGUAGUCAGGAAGCUUCAGGGGAAAUCAUUGCUGGUGUCGUUGUCCUAUCGCCAGACGGUUCCCUCGCUCAGAGGAUGCGGCGCUAUGUUUCUGCAGAGGUUAUUGAGGAAUCCUCCGAACUCGAUGUCAUGGUUCGCAUGGUGCAAAUUGUCAGAGACCACGACCCUGAUAUCCUUACAGGUUAUGAGGUUCACGGCAGCUCAUGGGGCUAUCUCAUCGAACGAGCCCGAGUAAAGUACGACUACGAUCUGUGCGACGAGUUUUCACGUAUGAAGAGUAACUCUCAUGGCCGUAUCGGAAAGGAGAAUGAUCGGUGGGGCUUUAACACAACGUCAACGAUCCGCGUGACUGGCAGACAUAUGAUCAACAUUUGGCGAGCCAUGAGGGGAGAAUUGAACCUGCUUCAAUAUACGAUGGAAAAUGUCGUCUGGCACGUUCUGCACCGCCGCAUACCUCACUACUCCUGGAGAACCCUGACACAAUGGUACAAUAGCAGUAGACAGAGGGACCUCGACAAACUGACGCGCUACUACCUGACACGAACGAGGAUCGAUAUUCAGAUAUUGGAGUCAAACGAGCUCAUCCCGAGAACAAGUGAACAGGCCAGACUGUUGGGAGUGGACUUCUUCUCGGUCUUUUCCCGCGGCUCUCAAUUCAAGGUCGAGUCCAUCAUGUUCAGGAUUGCGAAACCCGAGAACUUCAUGCUGGUUUCCCCCAGUCGGAAGCAGGUUGGCGGCCAAAACGCCCUCGAAUGUCUCCCGCUGGUAAUGGAGCCCCAAAGCGACUUUUACAACAGUCCGCUGUUGGUGCUCGACUUUCAGAGCCUGUACCCCAGUGUCAUGAUUGCCUAUAAUCUGUGCUACUCGACAUUCCUCGGUAGGAUUGUCAAUUGGCGGGGGAUGAACAAGAUGGGCUUCACCGAGUAUCAGAGGCACAAGAGGCUGCUGGAGCUCCUAAAGGACCAUAUCAACAUCACACCCAAUGGAAUGAUGUACGUCCGACCCGAGAUUCGGAAAUCUCUCCUCGCAAAGAUGCUUGGUGAGAUUUUGGAGACCCGAGUCAUGGUCAAGAGCGGGAUGAAGCAAGAUAAGGACGACAAAACGCUGCAGGCGCUGCUGAAUAACAGGCAGCUGGCGCUGAAGCUUUUGGCUAACGUUACCUAUGGAUACACAUCGGCAUCUUUCUCCGGUCGAAUGCCUUGCUCGGAGAUUGCCGACAGUAUAGUUCAGACAGGGCGCGAGACGCUUGAGCGAGCGAUUGCGUUCAUUCACUCCCAGGAGCAAUGGGGAGCGGAGGUCGUCUACGGCGACACGGACAGUCUGUUCGUGUAUCUCAAGGGCCGGACCAAGGAUCAGGCAUUCGACAUUGGCAACGAAAUUGCCAAAGCCAUCACCGAUAUGAACCCCAGACCGAUCAAGCUCAAGUUUGAAAAGGUAUAUCACCCGUGUGUUCUCCUGGCGAAGAAGCGCUACGUUGGUUACAAAUACGAAAGCAAGGAUCAGGUCAAGCCCGAGUUCGACGCCAAAGGCAUUGAGACGGUGAGGCGCGAUGGCACGCCGGCAGAGCAAAAGAUCGAAGAGAAGGCCCUCAAGCUCCUCUUCGAGACGGCGAACCUGAGCGAGGUCAAGGCCUACUUCCAGAAGCAGUGCGAAAAGAUUAUGCGCGGGUCCGUCUCCGUACAGGACUUUUGCUACGCGAGGGAGGUGAAGCUCGGUACAUACAGCGACAAGGGCCCGCCGCCACCGGGUGCGCUCAUCAGCACCAAGAAGAUGCUCGAAGACGCGCGCGCGGAGCCGCAGUACGGAGAACGGGUGCCGUACGUCGUUAUCACGGGUGCUCCGGGGGCGCGACUGAUCGACCGGUGCGUAGCGCCCGAAGAUCUGCUCAACGACUCGCACUCGCAGCUGGAUGCGGAGUACUACAUUUCCAAGAACCUGAUCCCGCCGCUGGAAAGGAUCUUCAACCUGGUUGGCGCCAAUGUCCGGCAGUGGUAUGACGAGAUGCCCAAAGUGCAGCGAAUCCGGCGGGUAGACCAAACACUGGGAGCGGCUGGAGGGCUCGGCAGCAAGAAGACGCUAGAGUCGUACCUCAAAUCGGCGUCGUGCAUCUCAUGUAAUAUCAAGAUGCAGGUGGAGGGCGUGCUGUGCGGGAAGUGCCAGCAGGACGCGCCGAGUUCGCUAUUCAACCUACAGACGCGACUCAAGGACGAGGAGAGAAAGUACAUGGACGUGGUGAGGAUUUGCCGGAGCUGCUCGGCGCUACCGGCGGCGGACGAGGUGCCGUGCGACAGCAAGGACUGUCCCGUGUUUUACUCGCGGGUCAAGCAGAGCGCGCGACUGAAGACGGAGAAGAGCGCGCUGGAGCCUGUCAUUCGGGAGUUGGUUGCGAAGGCUGAGAGAGCCGCGUUGGAGUGGUGA